CAAGAGGAUCCAAAGGCAGGCAUCACUAUACAGUAGAGCUGUGACGACGUCGCUUUGAAGAGGGAAGAGAACCAAACCCAAAACCUUUGCGAAUAGCAUUCGAGUUUUGAUGUCCCUCUGAGAAACACAGAGAUGGGUUCGAUGUCUGGUCUGUUGUUUCUGUUGGCAGCUGUCUCCAUUCUAUGGGCACCUGUGCUCUCCGAUCUAGUCAUCUCCAAAGUUGACCGACGAAUUGAUCUGACGUCUCAAAUUGCGCGCAUCACUUCCACUCUGAAGGUGGAGAAUGAGGGAAGCGAGUUGGUUACAGAGGUUUUGUUGGCAUUUCCCGAUAUUCAAGCCAAGCAUUUGGCACAUUUGGCAGUCAGCUCCAAUGGAGGGAAAGGAAAAGCCAAAGGUUCUAGUACAAGUUACGCUGUUCGAUUUGUUGUCCCUGAAGGCAUGCCCGCUUCCUUGACAUGUUACUCAGUGACUUUACCCAAGGGACUGGGCAAAGGCGAGAGCUUAACCUUUGACGUGUUGGCUGUUUUCACCCAUACGUUGAAGCCGUUUCCGGAGGAGAUUACGCAGGCUGAUAUUCAGCUCCUGGUGUUUCAGGAUACUGCACACUACCUCUCUCCUUAUGCAGUCAAGGGGCAAACACUCAGUGUUAAACUGCCUGAUGCAAGAAUCGAAUCUUAUACGAAAAUAGAUAAGACAAAGAAUGUUGGUUCAGAGAUCAAAUACGGUCCUUAUGAGAAUCUCCCUCCCUUUUCAUACACACCUAUUGUUGUUCAUUUUGAGAGCAACCAACCCUUUGCUGUUGCUGAAGAGUUGGUGCGAGAGAUAGAGAUUUCUCAUUGGGGUAAUGUUCAAGUGACAGAGCACUACAAAUUUGUCCAUGGAGGUGCCCAGAGCAAGGGAGAAUUUUCAAGACUUGACUAUCAAGCCAGACCUCACGUGAGAGGUCAGUAUGCCGUUAGGCGUCUUAUUGCAAAGUUGCCACCAAGAGCUCAUUCUGUCUAUUAUAGGGAUGAAAUUGGUAACGUUUCAACAUCUAAUUUAUGGAGUGAUUCUAAGAAGACAGAACUAGAAAUUGAGCCUAGAUAUCCUCUGAUUGGUGGUUGGAAAACUGCAUUUACCAUUGGAUAUGGGUUGCCGCUUCAUGAUUUUCUAUUUCAUUCUGAUGGAAAACGCUUCAUUGACAUAACUUUUGGUUGCCCUAUGAAUGAUGUGGUCAUCAACAAUCUCAUUGUGAAGGUCGUUCUGCCUGAGGGUUCUAGAGAUAUAUCUGUAUCUGCUCCAUUUCCGCUGAAAGAAUCAAAAGAGACAAAAUUUUCCCACUUGGACAUUGCUGGCAGGCCUGUGGUUGUACUGGAAAAGACUAAUGUCGUGCCAGAGCAUAAUCAGAACUUUCAGGUCUACUAUAAGUUCAACAGCCUUGCGAUGCUUAUGGAACCUUUGAUGCUGAUUUCUGGAUUUUUCUUCCUGUUUGUUGCCGGCAUCGUAUACAUGCAUGUUGACUUGUCCAUCUCCAAAUCUUCUGCUUCUUAUUUGGCAAAACUACAGUGGGAUGAGGUGCAAACAACAAUUCAGCAGAUUCAACAUAUCAUUAAUCGAAGCCUCGUGAUCCUUGAUAAGCUGGAAGUAUCAUUACGUGAUCUUUCUCGGACAGGGGACAUCCAAACCUGUAAAGCAGCACGAAAAGCAGCUGAUGGUUCGUUGAAAGAGCUUUCCAAAGAGAUUAAGCCCUUGUUGGCAUCCUUGCAAUCAUCUCAACAAGCUGCUCACAUACUUCCCAAGGUGGAGGAGCUGGUGACCAAGCUGAGAGAUUUGGAAGAAAGGGUAAUGGUGAAGCACUCAACUAUAGUGGAUUGCUAUGAGAAGAAGUUUGGAGGGAAGGAAAUUGAGAAUCGGGUUGCCUCACAGAUGCAGAAAAUCACUGCCUUGAGGCUGGAGGUUGAUGAUCUCCUCGAGUAUAUUGAUGAGAUAUAAGAAAUGGGCCGCUUUUUUUUUUGUUGAAACUUAUUACAAACAACUAGUUAAUGUCCUAAUGAUUGUAGCAGUCAAGUUAAUUUUUAUUUCGAAGUACAUUGCACUAAAAACUUGAGGAUCUAGUUGAUUUUGAAGAACAAAAAUCAAAAUCAGGCGUCAAAUUGAACAGAUGCAGUUGUUGUUUGAGCAACCUUUAAGG